GCGGCCAGUGGGCUGAGAGUGUACAGCCAGGGACUAGACGACUGACAAUCGCUUAUUAUGCAGGUCAUUCGCCAUUAUAAUUCGAACACGAAAUUGGAACAAAUGGUUUUUCACCUUUGGAGCUAUACUGAUAUAUCGUUGCUCGGAUAGAUUUGCUCUGUGAUAAUUAGAAUCUCAUAAAGAAGAAGGGCUUCAGCUCCAAGAAAAAUGAAGCUAAGAGAAAUAUUUCUUCAAUGCCCGGAUGAGCUAUACGCUUUUAGCUACUGAGCAAUGAGAGGAGACAGAAAAUGGACGAGAGCGGCUCAGUGAAGAUUGAUUUAUAAGGAAAUUUUCAUUCUCCUUGGGUGCUCAGGAUGGCCUUUGAUAACACAGGUCCAAACAAUGAGCCUGGUGCUGGGGGAUCAAGCACCCACAGUUACACAUUUGGUCCAGGCCCGCUUCGUGGACGGAGCGCCAGUGAACAGUUCUCUGCCAGCACUCCAGGAGGCCUUGGUGUCGAGGGAAAGUCUGGCCCGAGACCUGCCCUAAACUUUGCUCAUCUCCCCUUACGCAACACCCAAUCAACAGCCACUGGAGAUAGCAGUGGGACCCCCGGGAAACCUCUUAGCUCUGCAUGGAGCACAGCAUUGGCUGCUACAACCAUGACGCGAAAACGAGCAAACUUACGCAAACCGGCCAAUCAAAACGUGCGCCCAGCACGGGCCUUGUUUUGUUUGAACCUGAGAAACCCAAUGAGGAAACUGUGCAUACGGGUAGUCGAAUGGAGGGCUUUUGAAUACCUGAUCCUGCUGACGAUAUUUGCCAACUGUGUGGCCUUGGCCUUCUAUACCCCUUACCCAGAGUCCGACUCAAAUGCCACAAAUGCAGCUUUGGAAAAUGUAGAGUAUGUAUUUUUGGUGAUCUUCACACUGGAAGCCGUCAUGAAGAUCAUAGCCUACGGAUUUCUAUUUCACCCUGGUGCUUACCUCCGCAAUGGAUGGAACAUUUUAGAUUUUCUUAUUGUAGUAAUAGGAAUUAUAAGUAUUUCACUAACAAUAUUAUACAAUGAGGGCUUUGAUGUUAAGGCACUUAGAGCUUUCAGAGUGCUACGCCCAUUACGGCUGGUGUCUAGAGCACCCAGCUUGCAGGUUGUACUCAAUUCCAUUCUCCGAGCGAUGGUGCCUUUACUUCAUAUUGCCCUUUUAGUGAUAUUUGUUAUUAUCAUAUAUGCCAUUAUUGGACUUGAACUCUUUGUUGGAAAACUCCAUACGACAUGCUUUACAAUAGAUACACAUGAAUUUGCCAUGGAAGAGCCUGGGCCCUGUGGCAAGGACAGAGGUUAUCAAUGUGAUAAUGGUACACAAGUCUGUCGAGAGUAUUGGAUAGGUCCAAACGAUGGCAUUACAAACUUUGACAACUUUGGGCUGGCUAUGUUGACAGUAUUUCAGUGCAUCACCAUGGAGGGGUGGACAGACGUCAUGUAUUAUAUAAAUGAUGCUGUGGGAAAUGGAUGGCCAUGGCUGUACUUUAUAAGCCUUAUUAUCAUAGGCUCCUUCUUUGUACUAAACCUUGUUUUAGGUGUCUUAAGUGGUGAAUUUUCCAAAGAGAGAGAGAAAGCCAAAGCCAGGGGAGAUUUCCAGAAAUUGCGAGAAAAACAACAAAUAGAAGAAGACCUCCGAGGUUAUUUAGACUGGAUCACUCAAGCAGAGGAUAUAGACCCAGAUAAUGAGGAGGAAGGAGAGGAAGGCACAGUUAGACAUAAUAAACCAACUAGUGAAACAGAUUCCUCAGAGAAGACUGAGGAAAUGGGAAGUGGAGAUAUCCAACAGCAGACAUGGUGGUAUAUGAAAAGUCGUCGGUUACGGAAAUGGAAUCGUCGUUGUCGUAGGAUGUGUCGUAAACUAGUGAAAUCACAAGCAUUUUAUUGGGUGGUCAUUGUUAUGGUAUCCUUGAACACCGGCGUUCUGACAUCAGAGCAUUACCAGCAGCCACUGUGGCUGGACAAAUUCCAGGAGAUAGCCAACAUUUUCUUUGUGGCGUUAUUCUCCCUGGAGAUGUUACUUAAAAUGUACAGUCUUGGCUUCCAGGGGUACUUUGUAUCCCUCUUCAACCGCUUUGAUAGCUUUGUGGUGAUGUGUAGUAUCAUAGAGAUUAUCCUCAUCCACACCAAUGUCAUGCCCCCACUGGGUGUCAGCGUCCUCAGGUGUGCUCGUCUUCUGAGAGUCUUCAAAGCAACAAGGUACUGGUCAUCACUGAGGAAUCUCGUUGCUUCGUUACUCAACAGUAUGCGCUCCAUUGCUAGCUUGUUGCUUCUUCUCUUCCUGUUCAUCGUCAUAUUCGCCCUGCUAGGUAUGCAGGUGUUUGGAGGACGGUUCAACUUUGAUUCAACUGUGGCAAAACCUAGGAGCAACUUUGACACCUUUUGGCAGUCACUCCUAACUGUUUUUCAGAUUCUCACUGGAGAGGAUUGGAAUGUUGUGAUGUACAAUGGAAUCAAUGCAUAUGGUGGUGUGGACUCAAUCGGAGUUCUAGUUCUGUUUUACUUUGUGGUUCUCUUCAUCUGUGGAAACUACAUCUUACUGAAUGUCUUCUUGGCUAUUGCUGUGGACAAUUUGGCUGAUGCUCAGAGUCUGACGGAGAUAGAGAAAGAAAAGGAAGAAGAGAAAGAACGGACAAGAUCUAUACGUCGGUCAAAGAGUAAAACACCGGAGAAGACAGAUGGGAACAAUGAAGAAGAUGAAGGUGUUGGUCUCAAUGACAAUGGGACCAAUGACAAUGGAGAUGUCACAGAUUCUGAGACCAGGAACCAUCUGCCUACUCGGAAACACAGUGUAUCUUUUGCUGGAGAGGAAGAGCAUCAUGUGAAAAUUCACGAUGGUGACACUACAGAUACUGAAAACGAAGAGUACAGGGAGAAAAGAGCAGUACCUAUUGAGGAGGAGAAUGCAGAGGACGAUCAGACAGAGGAUGAAGAGGAGGAGGAGGGUGAUGAUGAUGAAGAUGACACACAGACUGUGUCCACCGCUCGACCCCGCCGCAUGUCAGAGCUCCACAUCAAGGAGAAGGCCAAACCCAUACCCAAGGCUAGCUCACUCUUCCUCUUCUCCCCUACCAACAAAUUCCGGGUCCUUUGUCACAAGAUAUGCAAUCAUUCUUACUUUGGAAACAUAGUUCUAGCUUGUAUUCUCAUCAGUAGUGCCAUGUUGGCUGCAGAAGACCCUCUGAAUGCAAACUCCGACAGAAAUCAGAUUUUGAAUUAUUUUGAUUAUUUUUUUACAAGUGUGUUUACCAUUGAAAUCCUGAUAAAGAUUUUUUCCUAUGGUUUGGUGCUACACAAGGGGUCGUUUUGUCGGAGUGUCUUCAAUCUAUUAGACCUGCUUGUAGUCGGAAUCUCUCUGGUGUCCUUCUUCCUAGAGGAGAAGGCUAUAUCUGUGGUGAAAAUUCUCAGGGUACUGCGUGUACUUAGACCGCUCAGAGCCAUCAACAGAGCUAAAGGCCUCAAGCAUGUUGUACAGUGUGUAGUGGUGGCUGUUAGGACCAUUGGCAACAUAAUGUUGGUGACAUUUCUUCUUCAAUUUAUGUUCGCUGUAAUUGGUGUGCAGUUAUUUAAGGGCACCUUUUUCUCCUGUUCAGAUCCAUCUAUGUUAACAGAGGACACAUGCCAUGGCUACUUCAUAGUAUAUGAAGACGGCAACUUUGAUAAGCCGAAGAAAGAAAUGAGAACGUGGUGUGAAAACGACUUUAAUUUUGACGAUGUUAGAAAUGCUGUGUUGACUCUGUUCACCGUUUCUACAUUUGAGGGUUGGCCGGGGUUGUUGUAUGCUUCCAUAGACUCACACACCCAAGGCAGUGGUCCUAUCUACAACUAUCGUCUGGCCGUUGCCAUCUACUACUUUGUGUUCAUCAUUGUCAUUGCUUUCUUCAUGGUUAAUAUUUUUGUUGGUUUUGUCAUCGUCACAUUUCAAAAUGAGGGAGAGCAGGAGUACAGGAACUGCGAAUUAGAUAAAAACCAGCGCAAAUGUAUAGAAUUUGCACUGAGAGCCAAACCAAUCAGACGGUACAUCCCUAAAGAGCGGUGGCAGUAUAAGGUGUGGUGGUUUGUCACCUCCAGACCAUUUGAGUAUGGAAUAUUUGUCUUGAUCAUGGUCAAUACCGUAACCUUGGCAAUGAAGUACCACAAUCAGCCAACAACAUAUUCUGAGGCAUUGGACUAUCUCAACAUGAUAUUUACUGGCGUCUUCACUGUGGAGUUUCUUCUAAAACUGGCCGCCUUCAGAUUCAAGAAUUACUUUGGAGAAGCAUGGAAUAUGUUUGACUUCAUUAUUGUGCUAGGAAGCUUCAUUGACAUUAUAUACUCCGAAGUCAAUCCUGGGACAAAGAUCAUCAGUAUCAACUUCUUCCGAUUGUUCCGAGUGAUGCGAUUGGUCAAACUGCUAAGCAAAGGAGAGGGUAUAAGGACAUUGCUAUGGACAUUUAUCAAGUCAUUUCAGGCUUUACCCUAUGUUGGUCUGCUAAUUGUCAUGCUCUUCUUCGUCUAUGCAGUAAUUGGUAUGCAGGUAUUUGGUAAGAUAAAACUGGAUGAUGACACGCAGAUUACUCGGAACAACAACUUCCAAACUUUCCCUCAGGCAGUGUUGGUCCUCUUCAGGUCCGCAACAGGAGAAGCAUGGCAGGACGUCAUGUUGUCAUGUGUGUACAGCCCCAAAGUGCGCUGUGAACCCUUGUCAGAUUCCGUUGACUCAGAGAAGUCGUGUGGAAGUGACUUUGCAUAUGCCUACUUCAUCUCGUUUUAUAUGCUGUGUUCCUUCCUGAUCAUUAACCUCUUUGUGGCUGUCAUCAUGGACAACUUUGACUAUCUCACCCGCGAUUGGUCAAUCCUCGGUCCACACCACCUAGAUGAAUUUGUAAGACAUUGGUCAGAGUAUGACCCCGAAGCAAAGGGUAGAAUCAAACAUCUUGAUGUGGUUACUUUACUACGUAAGAUAUCUCCACCUCUGGGAUUUGGCAAACUGUGUCCGCACAGAGUCGCUUGUAAGAGACUAGUGAGCAUGAACAUGCCCUUGAACAGUGACGGUACAGUGAUGUUCAAUGCAACACUGUUUGCUCUCGUGCGAACGUCACUGAAGAUAAAAGUAGAAGGAAACAUUGAUCAGGCCAAUGAGGAGUUACGAGCAGUCAUCAAGAAGAUCUGGAAGAGGACGAGUCCCAAACUUUUGGACCAAGUUGUGCCGCCUGCAGGCGAUGAUGAUGUCACUGUUGGAAAGUUCUAUGCAACCUUCCUUAUCCAGGACUAUUUUCGUCGCUUUAAGAAAAGAAAAGAGCAGCAGGUCAAAAUUUCCAAAGGCCAGGAACAUACAAAUGCAUUACAGGCUGGUCUUCGAGCAGUGCACGACCUUGGACCUGAAAUACGCCGUGCUAUAUCUGGCAACUUAGAUGAGGAGGAUUUCCCUGAACGGGAGGUUGAGGAACCUAUGCAUAGGAGAAACCACAGUCUGUUUGGUACCGUAAUGUCUGCUCUGACUGGCCACAAGACCACUUUGCCAUUUGUUAACCGUACGCAGUCGCUUCACAUCAAUUCCACCUCUGGGCAUCCAAAAAUUUCACCCACCAAUUCCCUCACCACGCCUAACACUAAGCUCUCACCCCAGAACUCUCUCAACGGCAAGGUAUCCCCUGCCAACUCAUCCAGUCACCUGAAUGUUGAGUACCGCAAUGCCAUCAACCGUAGUCCCUUACUUGUUACUUCCCCUCAUCAGAACUCACCUGUGACUUCAGGUGAAGAAUCCAGAUUACCUAGUCGAGCCAGCAGUACAUAUUCAGGACAAGAUGGAGACCUAGUCGGGGAUAGUGAAGAGCCCACCUCUGUUCCGGCUAGCAGCCCUAGUGAAGUUCGUGAGUCAGACUCCGAGACUAUUCCUAUGCGACCCCUGGGUGGGUCCACUGCAGCUCGCCCAUUAGGGCUGGGGUCAGGUGGAAACGAAAACCCCAUCUCCCGCCCGCCAGAGAUGACUUGCAAGAAAGGCAUUUAUGUAUACAGAGAUCUUCCACAGGAGGACAGCGAUUACGAGCGGGAGCAGACUCCUCCCACCCCACCCCCUCGUAAGCUGGUUGGUCGUCGUGGUGCAUCCUUCAAGCUAGGCUGCAUUGGUAAACAGCAGAGCGAUGAGAAUCCCCUGAUGAAGAAGAUAGCGCAGCCGCUAAAACUGACACAGACUCAGGCCAUGGCUGUUGCCGGGAUGACCCCAGACGGUAGAGACAAAUCACAAGAGGGCUACAUAAAUCGGACCCCACCUGCCUCACCAGGAAUGAUGAGGUCUUCCUACCUCACACCAGGUCCACUGCUGUCCUCACUGUUUGGUCGCCGUAAAGGUCCAGAUGAGUCAAAGCGCUUGAAGCGAGUGAGUGAUAGUGGUGUUUACUAUAAGACAGUAGAUGAGGGGCGGUCGAGAGGUAUGGCAUCUGGCCCAGAGAGUAGCUCAACCCAACGCCCCAUUCAGGCCAGUACUGGGCUACGAGGCAGUGCAGAGAGUUUAGUGGAAAGGGUGCUACAGCAGGAGGGCCUUAACAAAUACGUGGAUGCCCACUAUCUCCAACAGGAAAUAGCCGAGGCAACAGAUAUGACGCAGGCGGAUUUGGAUAGAGCCGCUCGACAAAUCAUGAAAAAGAAGACCUCAAAUGUGAGCAUACGACCCCCUUAUUAUGAACAUUUAGGGGGCUAUAGUGCCAAUGAGAUGAGAGACUACAACCAGUAUUCUUCUGAGGGUGACAUGCUACAGAAGCAAACUCAUUAUUCUGAUGACCUUGAUUUGACUACAGACGACCAAAUGGUAUACGUGACCACAUUAUAGCGGCACGCUAUCGUUGGUCUGUGUUUAACUGGCCUUCCCUCACAUCUAGUAGGAGUGUGCUAUCUGGAUGGUGGCUGUGGCAUUCUAUCAGCAUGGAUUGUUAAAACAACUUGUUGCUGUGUGAACAAACUAACCCUUGCUGGUUUGGCUGGUUGGCAUAUUGACCAACACUUGUGUUUUUAUCUGCAUGAAAUUCUGACGGCUUGUUGAUGAAAACGACUAACUUUUCACUGGAUGGUACUGGCCGACUGCACCGCCAUCAACUCAUUUUUUUUCUAGUAACAUAAUUGUGUGUGUAUGUUUGGGCGUCUGUGCAAAUGUUGGUAUAUUUUUAUCACAAAUACAUUUACUGUACAUAGACUUCACACCUUUGUAAAUAAUUUAAAACCCAUUAACUUCAAUACCCAUUGAGGAUUUGUUAGAUCUUUAACCUAUAACCUGCCUGCUUACCAGCUAUGUGUAAACCUGUGAUAUCAGUUACCUCUCUUUGUUACCUGAUAUGUCCACUAGG